UGGUACCCUUUUUCAAAUCUAGGGUCGUGGCGGCCUGGGCGCCAUUUACACAUUUGCAGCUGGAAAUGGAGGCAUUACGGGAGACAGCUGUGCGUACAAUGGUUAUGUGAAUAGUAUUUACACCAUCGCUAUCAAUGGUGUAAACAAAGAUGGAACUAAUCCCACCUACGCAGAGGAAUGUCCCGGAGUCAUGGCCGCCGCGUACAGCAGGGAUUCAUUUAAGGGACUUGGAAAAGUUAUAACAGUGGAUAACAAGGAGGGCUGUGUCGAUGAUUUCGCAGCCACGUCAGCGGCUACUGCCAUGGCGUCCGGGCUGAUUGCACUGACCCUGCAGGCAAAUCCCAAACUAACUUGGCGUGACAUACAGCACAUUGUAGCCUACAGUGCAAGGCGAGCCCCAGGGGGGGUGGCACUCAAACGAGGAUAUUGGCAGCGGAACAAAGCAGGCCUAUAUGUCAGCAAGUUUUAUGGCUUUGGCCUCAUGGACGCUGGCAAGAUGGUGAGCCUAGCAAAGAAAUGGACAACAGUGCCUCGACAGCUGAAAUGUGAGAUUGAAGGCAGCGAAACGAACAAACAAAUCCCAGGUGCAGUUUUUAUUGAAGUGAAAAAUUGCGCGAUCAAAUUCCUGGAGCACGUGCAGAUCAAAGUAAAUCUUGAUUUCCCUCACCGUGGCGACUUGGCCCUUCAGCUGAAAGCACCAAGCGGCACCACAUCUCCGCUGACUCGAAAACGAAGAAUGGACAACUUUACAGGAUACAGAAACUUAACAGACUGGAUUAUAGCAACUUUGUUUCACUGGAGAGAGAAUCCCAGCGGGAGAUGGGAGCUAAAAGUUGAUGAUUUUGACCCCAAAAUCCCCAGUUUAGGAACGCUUUACGACUGGUCUUUGAUACUUUAUGGGACUUCCUCAGACCCACUUAAGCCUUUACUAGAAGACGGCAACGUACUAAUAAGCCACACCAUACCGACGUCAGACGUCAAUGUCGUUGAAACAACCGAACCCUCUCGCAAUCCAAUUACAAUGCAACCCACGCCAACAAAAUCACAAAAACCAACGAAACCACCGCCCCAGCCAGUUUCAUGGAAGACGGCUGCAUUCAUAGGUGUCGGCGUUGUCCUUUUGGCCAGUUCUGCGGUGGCGUUGGUUGCGUUGGUUUUGCGUUAUAAGUGGAAAAAGCAGACAGGAAUCGGACAAGAACCUUGUAAAGACGAUGUAACAAGAGGAGGAAAACUUACCAAUGGCGAACAUGUAUCUACUAAACGUUCAGCAGUCUCACUGGAGAGCCAAUUGUUCGCAGUUUGUGAUUCAAAUAAGAAAAAUGGCCCUCCUUUAAAAACAGUGAACGGUAAUGAACAGUAUUCAGGCUGGUCAGAAUGUCCUACCUCCGCUCAACUUAAGUACGAUAAAACUGAUUUUAGUAACGUUUAAGCGAAUGCGGUACGUUUACAUUUCCUUAAUUUUGGUCACUCAAAAAUCCUUUUUGACUUUGUUUCUGUUUCUUCCACCUCCUUAUGGUCAGUUAUUCGAUAUUAAAUCAGCUCAAAAUUA